CGAGGCCCCGCCCCGCCGCGGAUGCUGCCAUAGAAACCCAGAAAGCGACAUGGCUGCCGCUGGCCUCGGAGGAAGGCUUUUGACACUGCCGGCGGCAGCCCUACCCAAGUCACCGUCACUUUCGCUACAGGCAGCAGCUCCCAUCCGAGGGAAGCCUAAGAAAUAUCUGGUCUAUCCGCAUCCACCGAAGAGCUCCCGCCUGUCCCCGUCGGUUCUGCGCUGGCUCCAGGGCCUGGAUCUCACCUUCUUUCCUAGGAACGUCAACAGGGAUUUUUCAAAUGGCUUCCUGAUUGCAGAGAUAUUCACUAUAUAUUACCCCAGGGACCUUAAAUUGUCAUCCUUUGAAAAUGGAACUUCUUUGAAAGUCAAGUUGGAUAACUGGGCACAGUUGGAGAAGUUCCUGGCAAGAAAAAGACUUAAAUUACCUAAAGAGCUAAUCCAUGGAACAAUUCAUUGCAAAGCUGGAGUACCUGAAAUACUAAUACAAGAGGUUUAUACUUUGCUAACGCAUCGAGAAAUUAAAAGUAUCCAGGGUGACCUCGUGAAUUUCACAGACUACAGUUACCAGAUGCGUCUGCCCCUGGUUCCUAGCUCCACAGCUUCCAAGUCGAUUAAAGAUAACAUUAGGUCAUCAGAGAUAAAAAGCAAUCCCAACACGCUCAGCAAUGAACUUAAAGUAGAGUUCCUCUUCCUUUUACAAAUGUUGCAAAGAAAAUUAAGGAGAAAAUUGAAUCCAAAAUGGUUUGAGGUCAAACCAACAGUGGGAGAACUUACUCUUGACCACCUUCCGACCCAUGGCUCUGGGUGCAAACAUAACUCCAUGAUUUCAAGGGAAAGAGUUGCUCCUGUUUUACGAAAUACAGGUACUGUUGGCAAUCCACUUAGAAGAAUUCAUGUCAAACAAGCCGGAAAAUAUUCUUUUGAAUCUGCUAUGAACCCGAUCACAAACACGAAAAAGUAACCUUGAAAAGCACGUGUCCAAUGGCUUUGAAGAUGUAAUGCAGCAUCUCCUGCCAUCCUAGAGGGUCUAAUCACCUGGUUGUGGGUAUAUAAGUAAAUUAAAGCGAUGUCUUAUCCAUAA